AUGCACAUUCUUGUUCUAGGGGCUUCCGGUGCUAUCGGCUGCCUAUUCUGUGAUAUCGCUCUUAAGGAAGGGCAUAAACUUACACUCUUUGUGCGAAAUGCCAACAAAGUUCCCGAGCACAUCCGCCUGAGUAAAGGAACACAGAUCAUUGUAGGCACACUUGAGGCCGAUCCGGACUUGGAAGAAGCCGCAAGAUGUGGAGCAGACAUCUUUGUCUCUUUUGCAGGACCAGCAUUUGGAGCACAGGGCACACCUUUGGCAGAUGGCUACAAACUCCUCAUCCCAAAACUCGCCUCGCAAAACAUCACCCGUGUUCUCAUCCUCUGCACUCCAUCUUUCAGAGGCGAAUCUGAUGUUGUAACGUGGAAAUGGCGUACAGGGGAAUGGUUCAUGAAGAUGUUUAGUUCUGGUCAAUAUCAGGAGAUGAUAGGUGUCGGAACAGCAGUUUCUUCCCUAUCCGACAAAGAUGGUAUCCAAUGGGGAUUAUUCAGAGUUGGUGGGCUCAUAAACGGAAAUGAGGCACCUGUUGAUGCAACCUACCUAGGUAGUGGGGUGGAUAACACGUGGAUUAGUAGAGCUAGCGUUGCAAGAUGGGUCUUGGAUGAAGCGAUUCAAGGGAAAUGGGUUGGAAGGAUGCCGUAUAUAUGUAACAAAUGA